AGUUCGGCGGGGCGGGGAACGCAGUGCCGGUGCUCCCUCCGCUCCCGGUGCUCCCGCUGCUCCCGGUGCUCCGCGUCCCUCUGCCGCCCCGCGCCCCGCCGCCGACACCCCGCCACCAUGGAGGCCAUCAAGAAGAAGAUGCAGAUGCUGAAACUGGACAAGGAGAAUGCCAUCGACCGCGCCGAGCAAGCGGAGGCUGACAAGAAGCAGGCGGAGGACCGCUGCAAGCAGCUGGAGGAGGAACAGCAGGGCCUGCAGAAGAAGCUGAAGGGCACUGAGGAUGAGGUGGAGAAGUACUCCGAGUCUGUCAAGGAGGCCCAGGAGAAGCUGGAGCAGGCGGAGAAGAAAGCUACAGAUGCUGAGGCUGAAGUGGCUUCCCUCAACCGCCGUAUCCAGCUGGUAGAGGAGGAGCUGGACCGUGCCCAAGAACGUCUGGCCACUGCCCUGCAGAAGCUGGAGGAAGCUGAGAAGGCAGCUGAUGAGAGCGAGAGAGGCAUGAAGGUCAUCGAAAACAGGGCCAUGAAGGACGAAGAGAAGAUGGAACUCCAGGAAAUGCAGCUGAAGGAGGCGAAGCACAUAGCAGAGGAGGCUGACCGCAAAUACGAGGAGGUUGCCCGCAAGCUGGUUGUCCUUGAGGGAGAGCUGGAGCGCUCAGAGGAGAGGGCAGAGGUGGCGGAGAGCCGAGUGAGACAGUUGGAAGAAGAGCUGCGGACCAUGGACCAGUCUCUCAAAUCCCUCAUUGCCUCAGAGGAAGAGUAUUCCACCAAGGAGGAUAAGUACGAGGAGGAAAUCAAGCUUCUAGGGGAAAAGCUGAAGGAGGCUGAAACCCGGGCGGAGUUUGCAGAGAGGUCUGUGGCGAAGCUGGAGAAAACCAUUGAUGACCUAGAAGAUGAAGUGUAUGCACAGAAGAUGAAGUACAAAGCCAUCAGCGAGGAGCUGGACAAUGCACUUAACGACAUCACCUCCCUCUGAGUCCCACGCUGGGCACCAGCACUGCACCCGCUCCCUGCCUGUCUCUCCUCUCCCCACCUCGGCUGUUUGCCUGCCUGGCCAUCCCACCUCUCUCCCUCCCCUCUCUGUCCUCCUCUGUCCUACCUAGCCUGUGCCUGUCCAUCAGCUCCUUUGGGACAGGAGCUGACUCAGGUGUUCCCGCUGUACCCCUCUUCGGGGAGACAAGAUGUAGGUGCUUAGAGCUGUUUGUUCAAGGCAGGAGAGCAGCCCCACAUACUGACUGGACAGUGUAGUUGUAGGCCCAUGCCACAGCAUUGCCCUGGGGAUGAGGACUGUGCCCAGAAGCCCUUUGUUCCAGCAGCUCCCUCCUUAGCUCCCCAGCAGCAGAAGCACUGGGGACUCUGCAGCUCCGGGGCUGGGGGGCCAUUUCCCACCUCCCAUAUCCUUCCAGCAAAGUCCCCCGGCGCUGCCUGCUGGCCCCAGCAUGGGGAUGACCUGCACUGGGGAAGCAGCACCUCCACUGCCAAAGCUCAGGCCUGGGGGAUAGAGGGUUGGAUCCAACUGUGCAGACACCUUGUUCCCUGGCAGGCAGGCGACCCCCACUCCUCCCUCACCCUUCUGUCCUUUGCACAUUGCUCUUCAGUUUGCAUCUCAUGACUUUUCUUUUGUGUUCUGUCCCUCUGGGUUAAUGAGUUGAUAUCAAUAAAAUUUGAACAUUGGUU